AUGAACUUUUUAUUGAACUUUGAGCGAAAACUUGAAAGCAAAAGUGAGAUAUUUUACUUGUUUCCUGCUUUGCCGUCAUUUGUCCUGUUUGUGGCAAGUAUGUUUACAGCAGUUAUUAUUUUUACGAAUUAUUCGGAAUUUUAUGAUUGCUCGUCCGCCAACAAUGAGCUUUGAGAGUUUUUGCUUGGGGAAAUGAUAUAUAAUAUAUGAUAAAUUUAUGAUAAAUAAUAUUAAUUAAGCCAAAAUAUUUAUAUAAUUAAUUAGAUAUAGCAUAUUACACAUAUAUAAUCAUCUAUGCCAAUGUACUCCUAUCAGUUUUUCCUAUUCUUAAAAGAAUUUCAGUUACUCUUUUAUUGAUGAUAUGCACAAUUUUAUUUAUGAUCGCUUGGAAUAUCUAUGGGAUUUAUGCAAUUUCAAGAUCUAGCUGUGUAUUAUUUAUUUAGGAAGAUACUGUUUAUUAUUCAUUAUCAGCUGUGCUCAUUGCUCUUACGUUUUUAUUGCUUUUGGCAAAAACAGGGUAUUUUCUUUAUAUGCCUAAUUAGAAUCAAAUAAAAAUCCUCAGGCGGCUAUCUUAUUUAUUAUAUAAAAAUAACAACAAAUGAAUUUUUUUCAUUGUAAUUAUGGAUAUUUUGAUUAGGCCGAAGAAAAACGCAAGAGAGCCUGAAAAAAUUAUUCCUGAAAAUGUGCAUAACAUGAGUAAAGAAGAAGUUUUUGAGUCUGUGAAAAAUCAGCAAACAGGGUCUCCGAAGCCAAGUUUAAGUAAAGAGGAUAAUAUGAAAGAAGAAAAUAUUGAUUAA